AUGGCCUCCUCGAUCACCCUAGGCCUGGUCGUCACCCUCAUGACGGUAAGCUUGGCACUGGCCACGUUCGAGCCGGCAAUGCAAGGCGAGUGCCCCAAGACCAUGAGCCCAGAGGCGCUGCAGGCCGCCCGCCUGGCGGCCACCGAAGCCUACGUGACGCGGCUCAACUACGAUCUCGACCACUACUCGCGCGUGUGCGACCGCUACUACACCGAUGACGCGCGCUUCGUCCUGCGCGGCAUUGGCUCGUUCGACCCGCUCCAGGUGGCCAAGGAGUACGGCUUCGUGCUGUUCAACAUCUCGCGCGACAUGUUCCAGGGCAAGCUCGCGGCCACGCUCGACCGCCCGACCAUCGCCUGGUCCGGAGGCCCGGCCAACAACACCGUCACCUUCUGGCAGACGGCCACGGUCGAGCUCGGCCCCGUGUACGGCUCGACGCCGCCCAAGUUCCAGUUCGCCAGCGGCGGCAUCCGCAACCUCGAGAGCCUCAUCUUUGCGCCGUGCUCGGACCGCAUCGCCGUCGACAUCGUCGUGAGCGACCGCGCCAUCAUGCCCAUCUACACGGCGCACAACGAGAUCGACGUCGUCUCGCUCUGCCGCAACAUCAUGACGCGCUGCACGGGCCGGCUCCAGCAGUAUCAGUCCAUGGCCCAGUGCGUGGCCUUCAUGCAGACUCUGGACGCGCGCCAGGCCGCGCGGCCCGAGGCCGCCUGCCCCUACCGCCUCACCUCCAACUCGACCACGUGUCGCAGCUUCCACUCGACCAACGCCCUGGUCGACCCCGCCGUCCACUGCCCGCACGUCGCUGUCGACAGCGCCAUGUGCCGCGACACCUGCCUGCCGGCCUGCGCCGACUGCCCGCCGCACGCGCACUGCACGGCCACCUACGCCAACGCCACCGCCGAGACCGCCGACUACGCCUGCGCCUGCGACGAUGGCUUCGUCGCGAUCGCGUCGUCGGUCAAUGGUGCCACUGAGUGCCGCCCGCGGACCUGCGCCAGCGAUGACCAGUGCCAUGCACCGUUCGGGCUGUGCGACGCCGCGACCGGGCGGUGCGGCUGCCAGCCAACCUUCGUAUGGGACUCGACCACCGGCUCCUGCGUGUGCCCGGCCGACUACGAGCUCACCUGGGACGUGCCGCGUGCCAACCCGUCGGGCCUCGGCGGCCCCGCGUGCCGGCCUCCCGGCGGCUGCCUGGCGCGCGAGCACUGCACUGCGCAGGAGUGGAACCAAGCGCAGUGCGCCGCGACGACGCCGGCCAACACGGUGAGCCCGUGGCUCGCCUGUCAGUGCAACCCGGGCUUCGUCGGCGGCUGGACCAGCGCGUGCGAGUGCCCGCACGGCCCCGAGCGCGCGCUGUGGUCGUCGCGGGUCGAGGGCGAGGUGUGCCUCGCACCGGGCCAGUGCACCGACGACUGGCACUGCGAGGGCGCCAGCACCACCGGCAAGGCCAAGUGCGAGCUCCCGCCCGGCAGCAUCACGGGCAAGUGCGCUUGA